AUGGCUGGGGAACAAGAUUCUAUCAGGAAUAAUAAAGGUAGUGAUAGUUCUGAUGCUGGUUCCAAGAGUGAUAACUCUGGUCUUCCAAAAGAGAAAUCCACUCAGAAUGGUCAAACAAAACUUUCAAAUUCUUCAACAUUUAGUUUAAAGAAUGUUUUCACUCCAAAAUCUAAAAGAGAAUCAUCUUAUCAGUUGGAUAAUUUAGCUGAAAUGCAACAAAUGAAAGAAAAUGUUUUAAACAAUUUUAGCGUCAAUUCCGAUAUUUAUAAAGCUCAUAAUUAUAGUGAUACAUUAAGUGAUGAUGAAGAAUUCAUAUUCGAAGAUGAUUUACCAAAACCUGGUAAAAGUGCACAAGUUACAACAAGAGUUAUAAACACAAGUUCUGAAUCUUCUGCAACUAGUGAAAAUGGUUCAAUGAACAAUGUUGUGGAAAGAGAUCAUUUCAUCAAUGCCCAAUAUUUGAAAAGUCCAUCGAAACAUGAUUUAGCUGAAAGAGGUGAAUUAAAACAAGAAGGUGAAAUUGCUGGUGAUGAAUUAUCAAGAUUGGAAAGAUGGAAAGCUAAUUUUAAAAACAAAAAGGCUUCAUUGAGGGAAAUGUUUGGUACUAAAAAUUGGGAAAGAUUGGUCAUUUUAAUUGUUAUGAUUAUUAUUAUCUCAGUUUUAUCUUUUGUUAUACCAUUCGUUGCUCGUUCAGAUAAGUUAUCUCAUAGAGUUAAACCUCCAAAAGUUUAUGAACAUUUAACUGAUUAUAUUUAUCCACAAUUAUCUGCAAUUAGAACUGAAAUGGUUGAUGAUUCAACACCAGAAUCUGCAUACAAGAGAAAAAAUAAAGAUGGUGAAGAUUGGGAAUUAGUAUUUUCUGAUGAAUUUAGUGCUGAAGGUAGAACAUUUUAUCCAGGUAUGGAUCAAUUUUGGGAAGCUGUUAAUUUAAAUUAUGCUGCAACUAAAGAUUUAGAAUGGUAUGAACCUGAUGCUGUAUCUACUCAAAAUGGUACAUUAAAUUUAAGAAUGGAUGUUCAUGAAAAUCAUGAUUUAUUUUAUAGAAGUGGUAUGGUUCAAAGUUGGAAUAAAUUAUGUUUUACUGAAGGUAUUUUAGAAAUUUCUGCAAAAUUACCAGGUUCUGCAAGUGCUGCUGGGUUAUGGCCAGGGUUAUGGACUUUAGGUAAUUUAGCUAGAGCUGGUUAUAUGGCUUCAACUGAAGGUGUUUGGCCUUAUAGUUAUGAUGAAUGUGAUGCAGGUAUUACAGCUAAUCAAUCUUCAAAUGAUGGUAUUUCACAAUUACCAGGUCAAAAAUUAAAUAAAUGUACAUGUAAAGGUGAAGAUCAUCCAAAUAGAGGUACUGGUAGAGGUGCACCAGAAGUUGAUUUAUUAGAAGGUGCUCAUUCUGAUAAACUUAUCUUUGGUGUUGCAUCACAAACCAUUCAAAUUGCACCUUUUGAUAUUUGGUAUCAACCUGAUUAUGAUUAUGUUGCAAUUCAUAAUUUAUCAAUUUCAAAUCAAAAUUCAUUUAGAGGUACACCUUUCCAAGAAAUGGUAUCCACAAUUACUACAUUAAAUGAUCAUUGGUUUCAACAAGUUGUUGAUAAAGAACAACCAAAUGUUGUUUAUGAAGAUGAAGAAACUCAUUUCCAAAAAUUUGCAGUUGAAUAUUUAAGUAAAGCUGAAAAAAGGAAAGAUACAUAUACAAGAUUUUUCGUUGGUGAUGAACCAACAGUUACAAUUCAAGGUGAAGUUUUCCAUCCAGAUGGUAAUAUUGGAUGGAGAGAUAUGUCAAAAGAACCAAUGUCUAUUAUUUUGAAUUUAGGUAUUUCAACAGCUUGGUCAAAUAUUGAUUGGUUAUUUAUUAAUUUCCCUGUUCAGUUCCAAAUUGAUUAUGUUCGUAUUUAUCAACCAAAGGGUAAAACUCAAUUAACUUGUGAUCCUGGUGAUUAUCCAACUCAAGAUUAUAUUUCAAAACAUUUGAAUGCCUAUAUGAAUCCAAAUUUAACAAGUUGGGAAGCUGCUGGUUAUGAAUUUCCAAAAAAUAAAUUGGUUCAUGGUUGUAAAUGA